GCAGAGAGAGAGAGAGAGAGAGAGAGAGAGAGAGAGAGAGAGAGAGAGAGAGUGAGGGACUGAGGCAACAAGAUCUACCAUCAAUCGUUCGCCUACACAGCUUCUAGAAAAAAGGAUUUUUUUUUUUUCUUGGUCUCUAGCAAACCUGGAAGAUGUACUGAUGCACUGGAGAGCAGAGCAGGAGAAGAACAAGAAAGAAGUGAUAGAUACAGAGAGAGGGAAAGAGGAACCCAAAGAUGCUGUAGCACCCUGCCUCCUCACAUAAUGUGCUGUGAGUGAAGGUCGCCUCGUCUUCUGUCUUGCCGACUCCAGGAUGUAAAAACGGAGAGAGAGCGCGCAAGCUGCAGGAAGGCGUGUGCGUGACACACUGGGUUACUCUGUUGGAUUUCCAUAGAAAUAGGAACAGUCUGGAAACUUUUUACAAACCUCGUCACAUCACAAAAGAAGACCACUAGAAUCAUUGAGACAAGACCACGGAAGGUUCCCCUAUAUGUUACUCGUAUCAUUUAUGUUAAUGAAUGUCAAGGGGAUAAAAAAAAAAACAAUAGAAAACAGAAAGUGAACAAAGAACCAUCAGAACUGCAACAAAGAAAAGCAAAAUAUAUAUUAUAGCAACAUCCUAAACCAUACUACAAAUACCUAGAAGGUAGUGUUUUUUUUUUGUUUAAAGGUAGUGGCUUCUGAUAGGGCAAGAAAAAUUAAACAAUAAAAAAAAAAUACCAUUAAAAAUGAAAUAUAUUGCAAUGAGACUUCUGCAAGUCCACCUGCUCCUAGGAGUCAUCAGCGCUCUGGUCAUCCAGUCUGUGCCCUGGAAGGUCCCUUGUCCUCGGCAAUGUGUGUGCCAGAUCAAGCCAUGGUAUUCUCCUCGCUCGGUUUAUAAAGAAGCCCCCACCGUGGACUGCAAUGACCUCCUGCUCUCUCGCUUGCCCGAUUCCCUGCCCACCGAGACCCAAACUCUUCGGCUGCAGAGCAAUCUGAUCAGCUCCCUCGACCAAACAGAGCUCCAGGGGCUAGCAAACUUGACCGAACUCGAUCUUUCUCAGAACAGCUUCACCAGCGCACGAGACCUACGCAUUGCUGGAAUGGCUGGACUCCUCAGUCUGCAUCUGGAAGAGAACCAGUUCCGGCACCUCCCAGAGGCUGCCUUCUCAGGUUUCCCAGGCUUGCAGGAGCUGUAUCUCAAUCACAACCAGCUGAGGAACAUCUCCCCUGGGGCUUUCACCGGCUUGGACAACCUUCUUCGACUUCAUCUUAACUCCAACCGCCUUCGCGCUGUCGACUGCCGCUGGUUCCAUGCCUUACCUCAUCUGGAGGUCCUGAUGAUCGGAGGCAACCCUGUGGAAGUCAUCCAAGACCAAAAUUUCAAGCCACUGGGGUCCUUACGCAGCCUGGUCCUGGCUGGCAUGGGCCUGAGAGAGCUCUCGGAGUGGGCAUUAGAAGGAUUAACCAGUUUAGAGAGUGUUUCAUUCUAUGAUAACCGUCUAACCAAAGUACCCAAAGAGGCCCUGCAGAAGGUACCUGGGUUGAAGUUCCUGGACCUGAACAAGAACCCAAUCCAGCUGGUUCUGCCUGGAGACUUCAGGGAUAUGCUUCAUCUGAAGGAGCUAGGACUGAACAACAUGGAGGAGUUAGUUUCCAUAGAGCAGUCAGCCCUAGAGAAUCUGCCUGAGCUAACCAAACUGGAGAUCACCAACAAUCCACGACUAUCUUACGUCCACCCACAGGCUUUCCAGCGCCUAUCCAGCAUGGAGAGUCUGAUGCUUAAUAACAAUGCCUUGAGCGCUCUACACAGACAGACCAUACGUUCCUUACCUGGUCUCCAAGAGAUCAGUCUGCACACCAACCCGAUCCGUUGCGACUGUCUGAUCCGUUGGGUGGGUGCUGAAGAUGAUAGGUCUGUCCGCUUCAUUGAGCCUCAAUCCACGUUCUGCUCGGAACCGCCAGAGCUCAAGACAAGAAGGGUGAAGGAAGUCUCUUUUAGAGAGAUGGCCAACAGCUGCUUGCCUUUAAUUGCCCCAGGAACUUUUCCUUCUCAUGCACGGGUCAGGCUUGGAGAGAACCUGUCUCUACACUGUCGGGCCUUAGCAGAACCAGAACCCAGCAUCUACUGGGUCUCUCCCACAGGCCAAAGACUUUCCCCAUCUGAAAGUUAUGGACAGUACAAGGUUGGAUCGGAGGGUACUCUGGAGGUCUUUGGAGUUACCCUAGAAGAGGCAGGUCUUUACACUUGUGUGGCACAGAAUUUGGUUGGGGCCGACACCCGCAGUGUUGCUGUGAAAGUUAUUGGGGUCGGGAAGUCUUUUAUAAGUAGUAAAGAGAGAGGCGGUAAUAGCAUAAUUCUGCAGGCACGGGAAGUCUCAACACGAUAUGCUCUGGUUAGCUGGCCAUCUAGGCAAAACGUCCCAUCAGCAUGGCUCUCCUGGUUGGAUAACAGAAGUGCUGAAGACCAACACAGUGCUCGACUGCUAGCGGGAACUCGAGGCUUUAACCUGACACACCUGAAACCCAACACCCAGUACAGAGUGUGCCUGCACCUUGGUCCAGACGAUACCUCCUGUCUUCAUCUCAGGACUAAAGAAGCCACAGCAACUGCUGUAUCUCCAGACCUGACCCCUGCAGCUCUACUUGCGACCUCUGCUUUGCUCCUGCUGCUGGCAGUCAAAGCUUGCCAAGGAGGGCCCUCUUCCAGUCUGAAAGAAGAGGACUGCCCAGGGCAGGAACAAUCAGAGAAGCCAAGCGUCUGCCCCCCAGUGCCCACAGCAGGAGAGUGCCAUCUGGACAUGCAGCAGUCUCAGACGCAGAGCUCGGAUAAAGACUGCGGCAGUGUUGACAAUGUUCAGAACAUUCAGCCACAGUCGUGCUGAGUUGGACAGACCGCAGCUGUGAUGCUACACCAACAAUGGUCUAUACGAGACGGCUGUAGCUUUGCAUUAGAAACAGCAAAAGGAACAUUUUACCAGUACAGUGUUUUAAAAGGAAGACAAUAUGUUGUUUAGUUUUUAAAUGAGAUGUUGGGGGGGGG